UCUCUCUCUCUCUCUCUCCACUCUUUUGAUUCUUUGAACAGCUAGCUUGCGGUUCCUCAGUUGAAUUUAUAAAUUUCUGGGUUUUUCUUCUUUAAGUUGUUUGUGUUUCAGAUUUUUUUCAUUGAUUCGAUUUUGUUACAAUCACUGCAUAUUCUUUAGUUUAUGAUCAUAGAUUUCAUCACUAAUUUUCUCUUAAUAUAUAUUAAAGAAAGAAGCUAAUAGAGAUAGUACCUAUCAAACUCAUUAUUUUUUUAAUAUUUCUUGUCUUCAAAGAAAAGAACCCUUUUGCAUAGAAUAAAAAAGGACUUGAAAACUUCGUUAGUUUCUCUUCCAACAUGAAGGCUCCAAACCAAAACAGAUCAAUACCCUCAGUUUCCAAGCUCUUUAAUCUCCAGUUAAACCUACACAAUAUCCUUUCUUAUUUCUUCCUCUUUGCCUUUGGCUUAACCUUUGGGGUAAUACUUAGUUUCUACCUCAAAGACUUCUCCUUCAGUCUGCAAUUCACCCAGUUCUCGUUUUCUGCUAAUUCACGAUCGCCACCAUCAUCGGAAUUGCUAGGGAUAGGACCAAAUUUGAAGGCCGGAAAUGGUCACAUAGGCUUGACAGAGUACCUGAAGCCGCCUCAAGCUAUGCAUGACAUGGAUGAAGAGGAGCUGCUAUGGAGAGCUUCAAUGGUUUCCCGGAUUCCCAAGUAUCCGUUUGAUCGAGUUCCCAAGGUUGCUUUCAUGUUCUUGACAAAGGGGCCCGUGUUGAUGGCUCCUCUGUGGGAGAAAUUCUUCAAGGGGCAUCAAGGGUUGUACUCAAUUUACGUGCACUCAAAUCCAUCUUAUAAUGAGUCGGAGCCGGAAAGUCCAGUAUUUCACGGCAGAAGAAUUCCUAGUCAGGAAGUUGAAUGGGGUAAGGUGAACAUGAUUGAGGCUGAGCGCCGGCUACUUGCCAAUGCCCUUCUUGAUAUCUCCAACCAGCGUUUCGUUCUUCUCUCCGAAUCCUGCAUUCCUCUCUUCAACUUCUCCACCAUUUAUUCUUACCUCAUCAACUCCACCCAAAAUUAUGUAAUGUCCUUCGAUGAGCCCGGCGCUGUAGGACGUGGGCGUUACAAUUCCCACAUGUACCCGGGGAUCACGCUCCGGCAAUGGAGGAAGGGGUCCCAGUGGUUCGAGAUGGAUCGAGAGCUCGCCGUUGAAGUCGUCUCCGAUCAAAAGUACUUCCCGUUGUUUCAGAAGCAUUGCCACGGCUCGUGUUAUGCCGAUGAACAUUACUUGCCGACAUUUGUGACCAUCAAGUUCUGGGAGAGGAAUUCGAAUAGGAGUCUGACUUGGGUUGACUGGUCAAAGGGUGGGCCACACCCGGCUAAGUUUUUGAGAACGGAUGUGACCGUUGAGGCUUUGAAGAGGUUGAGGAGUGGGAGCAAGUGCGAGUACAGAGGAAAUACCACAAAUGUUUGCUUCUUGUUCGCCAGGAAGUUCACGCCUGCUGCUUUGGAAAGGCUCUUGAGGUUUGCACCAAAGCUCAUGCAAUUCAACAAGUAGGUUUAGAAAAACACUCUCUCUCUCUCUCUCUCUCUCUCUCUCUCUCUAUAUAUAUAUAUAUAUAUAUACCAUUCGUUAUUCAAUUGUAAUAAAUCUUAAUCUUGUUUAUUUC